GCAGACAGCACUAAUGGAGCAGUGUGCGCUGAUGGAGCCCGUGGCUGCGCUCUCCAGCGGGGGCUCCGCCUGAACUCCGCUCCGGUAACCCGCACCUCAGCCCCGCCGGCUCGGCUCGCUCGGAUACGCGCUUUAUUCCUGAGUUCAGUUCAUUUCAAACCCUCCUGUCCGUUUCAAGCCAUGACCGUGGAGCAGAAUGUCCUCCAGCAGCAUUCCCAGAAGCACCAACAGACAUUACUGAAUCAACUACGGGAAGUAACGGGCACCACAGAUGUUCAGCUGUUACAGCAGGCCCUACAGGUCAGCAAUGGUGACCUAGCUGAGGCGGUAGCCUUUCUUACCGAGAAGAACGCCAAGGUCCCUCAGCAGGAUGAAGCCACCUACUAUCAGACUGCCCAGAUUGGCAAUGACAGAUACAUCAGUGUGGGCAGCCAGGCUGACACGAACGUAAUCGAUCUGACCGGAGAUGAUAAAGAUGACCUUCAGAGAGCCAUCGCUCUCAGUCUGGAGGAGUCUAACCGGGCCUUUAGAGAGACAGGAAUCACAGAUGAGGAGCAGGCAAUCAGCAGAGUGCUGGAGGCCAGCAUAGCGGAGAACAAGGCGAGUCUGAAGAGAACUCACACAGAGGUGUGGAGCGACUCGCCCAACCCACAUGACAGAAAGAGGCAGGAGAACUGCCCUGUGGGCCUGAAGAAUGUGGGAAACACCUGCUGGUUCAGUGCAGUCAUACAGUCUUUGUUCAACCUGUUGGAGUUCCAGAGACUGGUGCUGCACUACUCGCCUCCUGCCAGGGUGCAGGACUUGCCCCGUAACCAGAAGGAGCACCGGAACCUGCCCUUCAUGCAGGAGCUGCGGAAUCUCUUCUCCUUGAUGGUGGGCUCCAAGAGGAAGUACGUGGACCCAUCAAAGGCCGUGGAGAUCCUCAAGGACGCGUUCAAGUCCAGCGAGUCACAGCAGCAGGAUGUUAGUGAGUUUACUCAUAAACUGCUGGACUGGCUUGAGGAUGCUUUUCAGAUGAAAGCUGAAGAAGACAGGGAAGGAGAGAAGCCAAAGAACCCGAUGGUGGAGCUGUUCUACGGUCGCUUCCUGGCUGUAGGUGUUCUUGAAGGAAAGAAAUUUGAGAACACUGAGAUGUUUGGGCAGUACCCGCUGCAGGUGAACGGCUUCAAAGACCUGCAUGAGUGUUUGGAGGCGGCCAUGGUGGAGGGCGAGAUCGAGUCUUUGCAUUCUGCAGAAAACUCAGCCAAAUCUGGACAAGAGCACUGGUUCACAGAACUCCCACCAGUUUUGACCUUCGAGUUGUCCAGGUUCGAGUUCAACCAAGCCUUAGGUCGACCUGAGAAGAUUCACAACAAGCUGGAGUUUCCGCCUAUGCUCUACAUGGACAGAUACAUGGACAGGAACCGAGAAAUCACACGCAUCAAGCGGGAGGAGAUCAGGAGGCUGAAGGAGCAUUUGACUGUCCUCCAGCAGCGUCUGGAGAGGUAUCUCAGCUAUGGCUCUGGCCCCAAGAGGUUUCCUCUGGCUGAUGUCCUGCAAUAUGCAAUGGAGUUUGCCUCCAGCAAGCCUGUGUGCACUUCGCCUGUGGAAGACAUUGACACAUCAGCGCCACCUGGUGGCACAACCGCACAGGUGCCUUCAGCACCAAGUGUGGCUGAACAGGGUUCCUCAGCCCCUGCAGAGGGCUCUGGAGCAACAUCACAGCCAUCACAGCAGCAGCAGCAACAACAACAGCGUGUGCCCAUCCACAAGCCCUUCACCCAAUCACGCGUGCCCCCAGACCUGCCCAUGCACCCUGCUCCCCGUCACAUCACUGAGGAAGAGCUUCAUGUGCUGGAGGGCUGCCUGCACCGCUGGAGGAACGAGGUGGAGAACGACACCAGAGAUCUUCAAGGAAGUAUAUCUAGAAUCCACAGAACCAUUGAGCUCAUGUACUCUGACAAGACAAUGAUGCAGGUGCCAUACCGGCUGCAUGCAGUCCUGGUCCACGAGGGUCAAGCCAAUGCAGGCCACUACUGGGCAUACAUCUACGACCCACACCACCGCUGCUGGAUGAAGUACAACGACAUCUCAGUGACCAAGUCCUCAUGGGAGGAGCUAGUGAGGGACUCGUUUGGUGGCUACCGCAAUGCCAGUGCCUACUGCCUCAUGUACAUCAACGACAAGAAGCCCUUCCUUAUAGAAGAGGAGUUCGAUAAAGAGACGGGCCAGAUGCUGAGCGGUCUGGACAAGCUCCCGCCGGACCUGAAGGAGUACGUUAAGGAGGACAACCAGCUGUUCGAGCGGGAACUAGAGGAAUGGGAUGCCAUGCAGGCCAGGAAAGCUCAACAGGAGAAGCUGGCUCUGGCUGCAGCCGCUGCUGCUGCCGCUGCUGCUGCCGCUGCCGCAGCUGCCCCCCGGCCCAUGAGCACAGAGCCCAGUCCUGCAGACAACACAGCUCCCCAGCAGGACCCAGAGUACAUGGAACAGCCCUCGCCCACUGACGACUCCAAACACCUGCAGGAGGACACUGAGAGAGCUAUCUCCAAAGCUGCUGCCGAACAGGACGAGAAAAGUCCCGAGGCACUACUCAGCGCUGAGGAGCCUAAUGCAACCCCUCCCCAAACCCCUCCCCCUGACCAAGUGCAGGAUGGUGCUGCCUCCACCCAAGCCCCCCCACAGCGGGUGGUGGAGGUGGCCAUCCCUCACGUGGGAACCUUCGUCAUUCAGUCUCGAGAAGGGGGGUAUGAUGAUGAGUGGCUAAGAGAAAGAGAAACACACAACCAGCAGUCAACCAUGAUGACGCCAAACAUGCAGGGUAUUAUAAUGGCCAUUGGCAAAACCCGGAGUGUGUAUGACAAGUGUGGUCCUGAAGCAGCCUUCUUCAAGGCGAUCAAAGUUGAGUAUGGCCGCUUGCUGAGGCUAGCGCAGGAGGACACGGCCCCCCAGAAUGACCACCGGCUUCAGCACGUCAUCGUUUACUUCAUCCAGAACCAGGCGCCCAAAAAGAUUCUGGAGAGGACCCUCCUCAUGCAGUUUGCAGACAGAAACCUCGGCUUUGAUGAGAGAUGUAAGAGCAUCAUGAAAGUGGCGCGAGCAAAACUCGAUCUCAUUAAGCCUGACGAAGUUAACAUGGAGGAGUAUGAGUUGUGGCAUCAGGAUUACAGGAAUUUCCGUGAGACGACGAUCUUCCUAAUGAUCGGCUUGGAGCUGUUUCAGAAGAAAAGUUUUGUGGAGGCCUUGAUGUACCUGAUCUACGCCUAUCAGUAUAAUAAAGAGCUGCUCUCCAAAGGGCCGUACAGAGGCCAUGAUGAAGAGCUUAUAGCCCAUUACCGCAGAGAGUGCCUGCUGAAGUUGAACGAGCACGCAGCAGCUCUGUUUGAGACCGGAGAGGAGCCGGAGGUCAACACCGGCCUGAACAUCAUGAACGAGCUGGUGGUGCCCUGCAUCCCGCUGCUGCUGGUGGAUGAGCUGGAGGAGAAGGACAUGGUGGCGGUGGAGGACAUGAGGAACCGCUGGUGCUCCUACCUGGGCCAGGAAAUGGAGCCUAACCUUCAGGAGAAGCUGACCGACUUCCUCCCCAAGUUGCUCGACUGCUCAACUGAGAUCAAGACGUUCGUCGAGCCGCCUAAGAUGCCGUCGUACUCCACGCUGGAGCUGUGCGAGCGCUUCGGCCGCGUCAUGGCCUCCCUCACCCUCAGCCGCACCCCUGCCGACGGCAGAUGAGCACGCCCCUCCCUCCCCGGCCCCUUUACCCCCCCUGCCACCAACUCACCCAUGGACCUCUUUUAACCCAUGCCUUCCUCCAAACCAGGGUUGCUUCAGCUGUUACUCAUUUUAUUAGUUCUCUUUUGCUGCUAUAGGUUUUAUCAUCUUUAUUCUUAUUGUUAUCACUAGUAUUAUUUGGAGAUUUCACUCAUGUUUUAAAGAUAAUACGACACAAAUACAGCUACGGCGCUGGGGAGAAAGAGAAUGUGUAUUCAGAAUAAAAACAACAUAAAAGAGAACUUCAUACAGCAUAGAAUUACCGCAUGCUGCUCUGGCUUUGUCAAACGAGGUUGAGGAUUUAUUUGGUUAUUUUAUUAUUAUUAUUAUUUGUUUGUUUUAUUGUAUUAUUUUUUUUUUUUUUCCCAUCAACUGCUUUUGUCCUCUAUUAGCCUUUUUGGAGUGAAAAGGAAAGACCUGCUGCUCUGCCGCCCCUUUGCUACAGCAUUAAUGCAUUCGUUUUGUUUUUCUAAAGGACGGGACUGAACGCAAAAAAACAACCCAACAACCUGGAGAUUCACGGUUGGCUCGAAAUGUAUAGAGUGGAUCUCCUGAACUGAGGACUGCCGUUCUCAAAGUUUUAAGCGCUGUGGUAGACGGCCACAGAUGCACUGUGGCUUGUUAAUAAAUUGAGAGAAUAAAGUUUUAUUUAUGGCUCUUUUAGGCCAGAUA